CAUCGCAGCAACCACGACGACAACAACAACGACGUCGGCGGCCGCGAUUACCGCGGCAACGGGCCUAAGCGCGUCCGCGUCGAAGAAGAAAAAGAAAACCAGCAACAUGUUGGGCCGGAAGCAGAGCAUCAAGGGCGAACCGGUGCUGGCCGAUUAUGGGCCGGAAGAGUCGCUCAACGAAAGUGCCGACAUCGAAUGGGUCAACAAGCUAUGGGUCCGCCGGUUGAUGCGACUGUGUGCCUUGAUAUCGCUGACGUCCGUGUCACUCAACACGCCGAAAACGUUCGAGCGGCAUCCCUUCCUGCAGUACUGUACCUUCUGCUGCGAUACGGUCGCAACGCUUCUGUUUACCUCCGAAAUGAUAGCCAAGAUCCAUAUCCGUGGAGCAUUGCGGGGCGAAGCACCAUACUUUAAGGACCAUUGGUGCCAGUUCGAUGCUUCGAUGGUGCUGUUUCUUUGGCUUUCCGUCAGCCUGCAGGUGUUCGAGAUGCUUGGUAUUGUGCCCAAGUUUUCGUACCUCAGCACGGUACGGGCACCGCGUCCGCUUAUCAUGAUACGCUUCCUGCGCGUCUUCCUGAAGUUCUCCAUGCCCAAGAGCCGCAUCAAUCAAAUAUUCAAACGAUCCAGCCAACAGAUCUACAACGUAACACUGUUCUUCCUGUUCUUUAUGUCGCUGUAUGGAUUGCUCGGUGUGCAGUUUUUCGGCGAGCUCAAGAACCACUGUGUGCUGAACACAACCGAACCGGAAAGCUUAACGAUCAAUUCGCUCGCCAUACCGGACACGUUCUGUUCGUUGGAUCCCAACUCUGGCUACCAGUGUCCCACCGGCAUGAAGUGCAUGAAGAUGGACUUUCUUACGAACUAUGCGAUGGGUUUUACCGGGUUCGAAGACAUUGCGACCAGCAUCUUCACCGUAUAUCAGGCGGCAUCGCAGGAGGGCUGGGUGUUUAUCAUGUACCGUGCGAUCGACUCACUCCCAGCAUGGCGUGCCGCAUUCUACUUCAGCACAAUGAUCUUCUUUCUGGCAUGGCUAGUGAAGAACGUGUUCAUCGCCGUCAUCACGGAAACGUUCAACGAGAUACGGGUACAGUUCCAGCAGAUGUGGGGCGUACGGGGACACAUCCAGAACAGUACGGCGUCGCAGAUUAUUACCGGCGAUGAUAGCGGUUGGAAGUUGGUAACGAUCGACGAUAACAAGCACGGUGGGAUUGCGCCGGAAACGUGUCACACCAUCCUGCGAUCGCCCUAUUUCCGGAUGCUAGUCAUGACGGUCGUACUGGCGAACGGGAUCGUCACGGCCACCAUGCACUUUAAGCACGACGGACGUCAGAGGCAUGUGUUUUACGAGAAGUACUACUACAUCGAGAUAACGUUUACCUUCUUCCUGGAUCUGGAGACGCUGUUCAAGAUCUAUUGUCUCGGGUGGCGCAGCUACUUUAAGCAUUCGAUACACAAGUUUGAGCUGCUGCUUGCUAUCGGCACGACGCUACACAUCAUCCCGGCACUUUAUCUGAGCGGGUUCACGUACUUCCAGGUGUUGCGAGUCGUGCGGCUAAUCAAAGCGUCACCGAUGCUGGAGGGCUUCGUGUACAAAAUCUUUGGUCCAGGCAAGAAACUUGGCUCGCUGAUCAUCUUUACCAUGUGCUUGCUGAUCAUAAGCUCCAGCAUAUCGAUGCAGCUGUUUUGCUUUCUGUGCGAUUACACCAAGUUCGAAAGCUUCCCGGAUGCGUUCAUGUCCAUGUUUCAGAUUCUGACACAGGAAGCGUGGGUCGAGGUGAUGGACGAGACGAUGAUCAGGACGAGCAAAACGCUUACGCCGCUCGUUGCGGUGUACUUCAUCCUGUAUCAUCUGUUUGUGACGCUGAUUGUGUUAAGCUUGUUCGUGGCCGUCAUCUUGGACAAUCUCGAGCUGGACGAGGACAUCAAGAAGCUAAAGCAGCUCAAGUUUCGCGAGCAGAGUGCAGAGAUCAAGGAAACGCUACCGUUCCGGUUACGGAUCUUUGAAAAGUUUCCCGACUCACCGCAGAUGGCCAUUCUGCAUAAGAUCCCGAACGACUUCACCCUGCCGAAGGUGCGCGAAUCGUUCAUGAAGCAGUUUGUGCUCGAGAUGGAACCGGAAGAUCUGGAAGGAUAUCAACGGCCCAUGCCGGAGUGUUGGGAUUCGCGGAUCGCGUACAAAAAGCAUCGCCCGAUCAAUGUGAUGAACAAAACGGCUAAGGUGUGUAUGGUGGGUAGCGAUUUGCGCAAGCUUGCCAUCACACACAUCAUCAACGAUUCCAACAAUCAGCGGCUCAUGUUGGGCGAUUCGUCCAUGUUGCCGGUCGCUGGGACGAAGGCGGGACUGAAACCCCAGGGCACAAUUACCCAGACGAAACCGUGGCGGGUGGACCAGAAGAAGUUUGGUUCACGUUCGAUCCGACGGUCGGUGCGCAGUGGGUCGAUUAAGUUGAAGCAGACGUACGAACAUCUGAUGGAGAAUGGUGAUAUUGGAGCGGCUAGCCGGGUCACAUCGUCCCGAGCACGUCCGCACGAUCUGGACAUUAAGAUCCUGCAGGCUAAGCGGCAGCAGGCGGAGAUGCGUCGCAAUCAGCGGGAGGAAGAUCUGCGCGAAAAUCACCCAUUCUUCGAUACGCCCCUGUUUGCGGUACCGAGGGAAAGCCGGUUCCGAAAGAUUUGCCAGCGUAUUGUGCACGGUCGGUACGAUGCGCGGUUGAAGGAUCCACUCACCGGGAAGGAGCGCAAGGUGCAGUACAAAAGUCUUCACAAUUUUCUUGGCCUUGUCACGUACCUCGAUUGGGUGAUGAUCUUCGUAACGACCCUUUCCUGCAUCUCGAUGAUGUUCGAAACGCCCCAAUACCGUGUGAUGGAGCACGUCGCCCUACAGGUAGCCGAGUACACGUUUGUCAUUUUCAUGAGCCUCGAGCUGGCACUCAAAAUCCUAGCCGACGGUCUUUUCUUCACGCCCAAAGCGUACAUCAAAGAUGUCGCCUCGGUGCUGGACGUAUUUAUCUACGUCGUGUCCACCAGCUUUCUCAUCUGGAUGCCGCGCCAAGUGCCGAGCAACUCUUCCGCCCAACUGCUCAUGAUACUGCGCUGCCUGCGUCCGCUGCGAAUCUUCACACUGGUUCCCCAUAUGCGCAAGGUGGUGUACGAGCUGUGCCGUGGCUUCAAGGAGAUACUGCUCGUAUCCACACUGCUCAUCCUGCUGAUGUUUAUCUUCGCUAGCUACGGUGUGCAGCUGUACGGUGGCCGACUGGCACGCUGUAACGAUCCAACGAUACAGAAGCGCGAGGAUUGUGUCGGUGUGUUUAUGAGACGUGUGUUUGUGACCAAGAUGAAGCUAACGCCGGGUGUGAAUGAAUCCUACCCCUCGAUGCUGGUACCACGCGUUUGGGCUAAUCCACGGCGAUUCAACUUCGAUAACAUCGGUGACGCCAUGUUGGCACUGUUUGAGGUGCUUUCGUACAAGGGCUGGAUCGAUGUGCGGGAUGUACUGAUAAAGGCGCUCGGCCCAGUACAUGCGAUCUACAUUCAUGUGUACAUCUUUUUGGGCUGUAUGAUCGGGCUAACGCUGUUCGUCGGUGUGGUGAUUGCGAACUAUUCGGAGAACAAGGGUACUGCGCUGUUGACCGUCGAUCAGCGCCGUUGGUGUGAUCUGAAGAAGCGACUAAAGAUCGCUCAACCGCUACAUUUGCCACCGCGCCCGGAUGGCCGUAAGUUUCGUGCGUUUGUUUACGACAUUACCCAGCACAUUGCGUUCAAGCGGUGCAUCGCGGUGGUGGUGCUGGUGAACAGUAUGCUCCUGUCAAUUACGUGGACUAAAGAUGAGGUGCACACCGAGCGUCUGGUGAUCGUCAGUACCAUCCUGACGUUCGUGUUUGUCAUCGAGGUCGUCAUGAAGAAUAUCGCCUUUACACCGCGCGGCUAUUGGCAGUCGAGGAGAAAUCGGUACGAUCUGUUAGUUACCGUCGCGGGCGUCGUCUGGAUCUUUCUGCAAACCACACUGCGAAGCGAUUUAUCAUAUUUCAUUGGUUUUAUGGUUGUCAUAUUGCGAUUUUUCACAAUAACUGGCAAGCAUACGACCUUGAAAAUGUUAAUGCUUACCGUCGGUGUGUCGGUGUGCAAAUCGUUCUUCAUCAUCUUCGGCAUGUUUUUGCUGGUGUUUUUCUACGCCCUCGCCGGUACGAUACUGUUCGGCACGGUCAAGUACGGCGAAGGUAUCGGACGACGGGCCAAUUUCGGCUCACCGGUGACCGGGGUCGCGAUGCUGUUCCGCAUCGUAACGGGUGAGGAUUGGAACAAGAUCAUGCAUGACUGCAUGGUACAGCCACCGUACUGUACGCCGGCCGCCAACUAUUGGGAAACGGACUGUGGCAACUUUACCGCCAGCCUGAUCUACUUCUGCACCUUCUACGUCAUCAUCACGUACAUCGUGCUGAACCUGCUUGUCGCUAUUAUCAUGGAGAACUUUUCGCUGUUCUACUCGAACGAAGAGGACGCCCUGCUAUCGUAUGCCGAUAUACGAAACUUCCAAAACACGUGGAACAUUGUGGACAUACAUCAGCGCGGUGUCAUCCCGGUGCGGCGGGUAAAGUUUAUCCUGCGCCUGCUAAAGGGCCGUCUGGAGUGUGACCCACAGAAGGAUCGGUUGCUGUUCAAGUACAUGUGCUACGAGCUGGACAAGCUGCACAACGGGGAGGACGUUACGUUCCAUGACGUGAUUAACAUGCUUUCGUAUCGGUCGGUCGACAUACGGAAAGCGCUACAGUUGGAGGAACUGUUGGCAAGGGAGGAGUUUGAGUACAUCAUAGAGGAAGAGGUAGCCAAGCAGACGAUACGAACCUGGCUGGAGGGCUGUCUGAAAAAGAUACGGGCGAACAAUGUUGCGAAACAACAAAACUCGCUAAUCGCUGGCCUGCGUGCAACGAACGAUCAGAAACAGCAGCAACAACAACAGCAGCAGCAGCAACAACAACAACAGCAGCAGCAGCAGCAGCAACAGCAACAACAGCAGCAACAAACUGGACCCACCGGAAGCACCCAACAAUCGCAACAGCAGCAAACCCCAUCAUCUCAACAGCAACAACCAGCCCAGCAACAGCAAGCCACCCAAACCCAAUCCCAAGUAACGUCCCCACUGCAAUCCUCAACCACCUCCCAAGCCGCCUCAUCCGUUACCAGCCCUGGCCAGCUAUCGAAACAGCCGGAAGAAUCACCUACGGGUAAGGAUGGCACCAGCCUCGAACUACCCGAUACCGAUCAAACAGCGAAGGACAUCGAAAAUAAUGCGAAAAAUCGCAAGAAAACAGCCACCGUACUGAAUCGCUCCGAUUCGACCGGUUCGAGCAGCGGGCGUAAAUUUCUCGCUCCCACCCUUUCCGAUCCUCAGGCCAAAAAUGAAAAGGAUCGAUACAUGAGCAAGAAGAAGCAGCAGCGCGCCCCACCGUCCAUCAAUGUCGGUGGGACCGGUGGCGUUGGUGGUAAGGCGUCCCAUUUGAGCGAGAUCGGAGCGCACAGCUUGCAUCUGCACUAUCACCACGGUAGCUUUAGUCAUGGGUAUGGCGGUGGAGAACAUUCGCCCCAUUCGCAGCCACUUCAUCAUCACCAUCAACAUUCGCAUCAGCAGCAGCUGCAUUAUCAGCAGGCCCAGCAACAGCAGCAGCAAGCGAAGUUUGGCCAUGCGCACACCAACAUGAUCUACGAGGUGCACGACUGGUGGCAGGAGCAGGUGCUGAGCACGCACAGCGAGGAGGAGGACAAUUGA